AUGGCAGCUUUACAAGAAAAAAAGACCUGCAGCCAGAGGAUGGAAGAAUUCCAGCGCUACUGCUGGAACCCAGACACGGGGCAGAUGCUGGGACGGACUCUGUCUAGGUGGGUGUGGAUCAGCCUCUAUUAUGUGGGUUUCUACGUGGUGAUGACAGGGAUCUUUGCACUGUGCAUUUACACAUUAAUGUGGACAAUCGACCCAUACACACCAGAUUAUCAGGAUCAAUUAAAAUCACCAGGGGUAACCUUAAGGCCAGAUGUUUAUGGAGAUAAAGGUCUGGACAUUUCCUACAAUGUUUCUGAUAAUAGAACCUGGACUGACCUAACACACACUCUUCACAAGUUCCUGGCAGCUUAUUCUCCAGCAGCCCAGAAGGCCAACAAAAACUGCUCUUCGGAGAAAUACUACUUCCAGGAAAGUUUUGAGGCUCCAAACCACACCAAGUAUUCCUGCAAGUUCACAGUAGAUAUGCUGCAAAACUGCUCGGGUCUGACGGAUCCUAACUUUGGAUUUGAAGAAGGAAAGCCGUGCUUUAUUAUUAAAAUGAACAGGAUUGUCAACUUUCUCCCCAGCAAUGGUACCAUCGCUCCCAGAGUGGACUGCACAUUCCUGGAGGAGAAGCACAAGGACAGCCAACCCCUUGAUGUCGAGUACUACCCACCCAAUGGCACCUUCAGUCUACACUACUUCCCUUACUAUGGGAAGAAAGCUCAGCCACAAUAUACAAACCCUUUGGUUGCAGCCAAAUUUCUCAACAUCCCCAAGAAUACACAAGUUGUCAUCGUGUGUAAAAUCCUUGCAGAACAUGUUACCUUCGACAAUCCCCAUGACCCAUAUGAAGGAAAAGUGGAAUUCAAACUCAAAAUCCAGAAGUAA